AUGGCUCUGAUGCCAGGGUUGACGGCUCUCUUGCCAUCGACUCCCUCACCAUCGACCCGCUUACUAUCACCGCCGACGACAAUGUUUGACGACAACGAGCUUGACGAAAGUUCGUUGCGGGAAGCGCUUUGCCAAGGCGAGUUACCAUUCUUCUUGAGGGAUGGGGUUAGGGGGCUUGUUCAUCCAGCCCCCAACACACUUCACGCACCCAUCACCCUCGAAGAUACGCUGAUGACGGGGACUAUGCUCUGGCAUAGCUUUCAAAUCAUUGUUAUCACUUACUAUGGUUCUUCAAGUCUGACUCUGGUAAUGUCACUUGUCUAUAUCGUCCUCCAAGCCAGGAACUCCAUGCAUUCCAUGCCUUGGACGGAUGAUCAAGAGACUUUACAAGAUGACAGAUUGUCAUCGACACAGACAAUUGGUGGAUCGGCCGAAGACGUUGGAAAGUGGCAAGCUGCCACUGAUUCGGCGCUCAUGUCCCAAGGUGGCCACAACACAGGGCCCCAUACAGACAGCCAUGGCAUGGGGAAGUGGAUGACGCCUUCUACUGUGUGGCCACAACGGGGAGACGAUCAAAUGGCCCCUGGGACUCGCCAAGCCUUAUUUAGACCUCAACAACAACAAAGUACUGUUGGCUUGGGGUCUGCAAAGUCUCGUCAACAUUCUCACCAACCCAAUCCAGUACUGGGCACCGCUACCGACCAAGCACAUCCACCAUGUCUCUCCCUUGCUGGAUUGCAUUACUGCCUCGGCCACUUCAUAGUUCACUACUUAGAUCUCAGCUGCCGAAGGGAUGCCUACGUCUCAAGUGAGGGACACUGGUCUGUUCAAGGCUAUGCCACCUACUGCAUGGACAGAAGACCACCGCAGUCCCAAGUCUCGUCUACAUAUCAUAUGAGAAACCACAAUAUGGCUUUGACCAGUGUGGCGUUGAUGAAGCUUUACACCGAAGGACAUGAAUCCCAGAGCCGUUUCAGGCCCCCGCUUCUGACCCCUCGGAGCUCUUCGGUGAGCACAACCUCUAGUCAAGCUCAGGGAGUUCAUGCCCUUCUGACCAGAAUGAGUCUGAAGUUUCAUGAUGGAGAACCAAGCUCAACAUCCGUAACGGUGCAGCUUACCGGGAAGCCCAUGUUUCAGACCAGAAUGAGCCUGCAAGCUCGAGCACUCAAAAAGUCCGAUUUUCAGCGGAUGUCACUUCGUGCCCUCUGCCUCACAGUACGAGAGCUGCUCCUACGUGAUACGAAAACGCAAGCACAAAGUUUCCAAGCACGCCACAGGCUCAUGCAACAGAAGAGUAUCAAGUACAGCGACUUCAUGCAAAAUAUAACCUCAGGGCAAGUAUACAAUGGUGAUAACAACCAGCACGAGUACGAGAUCGGACUCUGGUACUUCUCAACCGGCAUGGCGUCACAAGGCUGCCCUUGA